AUGCAGCCUAGAGUAUCAACUAAGACGGUCGUGCUAGCUUUGGCUAUCAUGAUGGUGUGGAUCGAUAACUUCGUUGAUGCACGACCGAUGCACGCGGACAUCAUUCCUACAUAUCUUCAGUAUUUGGAGGAGAAGGAACAAGUGGCGGCCGAGCUGGAGAAGUGGCUGAAAGUGUAUGGACCCAACGGAACGAAGAAGGGGUUUAUGCCCGUAACGGAGUCGCGUAGUGGCGAUCAAAAAGAAGAUCUGCAACAACGGCUCUUCAUGACCAAGAACCAAAUUAAAAAAGCACAAAAGGCCAACCCACACGCUGUAUUAGGCACUCAAGGACCAUUCACGCUGAUGACAAUGGAAGAGUUUCAUGAGUUCCUAUCGAACAGUCAUGUUGCUCAAGCUCAUAAGCCAGAACCUCCGCUAUCUAAAAAUACUUCAACUAACACUUCGAACAACGGCGACUUUGACAACGAAGACGUCGAAAAUGAGGGAACCUCCCCAACAAAGCGGUUGCCAGCCACUACGGCAUCGACACCAAUUGCUGCGACGCGUCUACUUCGGAACGUAGAAAAAAGCGACCUCACUUUCGAUGUAGGGGACAACAACGAGGAGAUGGGCUUUGAAAGUAUCGCCGACUCUGAGACUGUGCAUCAAAGCCAAAAACCAUAUCAACGCAGCACUACCACGGCCACAAACAGAAAUUGGAACUUUGAAGAUGUGUCAACGGGUGACAAGGCCCAAAUUGCUCAAGUAUCUGAUGCUGAGACAUUAUAUUUCGAGUCCACUUACGCACCUGCAUCAGAUUUGCAGUCGACUUCAGUAUCAAGUGAGAAUCCACCUUCUGGAAUAUCCCGCUAUCAGCGGACGGAACCUUGUUCAGGUAACGAUUGCCAAGCGCCAGCCACCCAAGCACUCAUAUACUCAAUGCUAACACCAGCCUCACCUGCUCUGGCUCCAGCUUCUGUUCCAGUGGAGGAAUCUUCGAUGGCGGUAAGGGAUUCCGACUCGGAUUCCAUCGACUGGAGCACAUCGGUUUGCGUCAGCGAUCCUGGCCUGCAAGGUCAGUGUAGCAGCGAUUGGGCGUUUGCAACCGUCGCUGCGCUCGAAGCUGCGCAGUGUAUCUACAAUGGCAACAAGAAGGCACCUACGUACUCAAAGCAGCAGCUCGUCAGCUGCGACAAGAAGAACUUUGGAUGCAACGGCGGUGCUCCUGUGUACGCUAUGGAGUACGUCCGUGACAAUGGAAUAUGCUUAGAAAGUAGCUACGAGUACACGUCUAAAGAGGGCGGCCAAGCUGCCGCGUGCUUAACGUCGUGUACGCCGACCAAAUCAGAAAUCACAGAAAUUGGAGCGAUCGAAUCUGGAGACGAGAGCGCUUUGCUCAGUGUCGUCAAGCAGCAGCCAGUUAUUGUCUCAGUUAUAUCGAGCAAUCCGGCAUGGAAGCAGUACAUAAGCGGUGUCAUCACUGCUUGUCCCACUGCAGAAGUGGAUCACGCUGUGCUUGUGGUUGGUUACGAUGCCCACACCAUUAAAAUCAAGAAUUCUUGGGGUACUGAUUGGGGUGAGAAUGGAUACGUGCGUAUCAGUCGCAGUUCACAGAACAUGGGUACAUGCGCUGUACUCACCGAUAUGUCUUAUCCUAUACUUUAG